GUGCGGAGUGUUGUGGACGAUGGACUUUUGACUAAACUUGUCGGCUGCUUCCAAGUUCAGUGUUGUGUAUUUGCGGGCACACCAGGAAACGUAUUCAAAAUUUGGGAAACCAGAGCAUGGUCAGUCGAGAUCUGGUAUGUGAUGGACGGUCAUAUUCAGGCAGCGGCAUGGAGCCCGUGUGGAACGAAAGCAAUUUUUGCAGAUUCCGUCCACCUCAUACUUGAUUGUGUGGGUAAGAGCUCCUCAACAAAAGCCUCGACUGUGGUAGCUGACUUCACAGAAACUCAGUCUUUAACAGAAGAAACUGAGAGAUUUGGUGGUCUGGUACAAGUGUGGGAUUCCCGAGGAGAAAGAUUAGUUGUCAUUUUUCGAACUACAGAUUAUGUGGCCCUAUUCCGCACCUUAUAUUCGCCAACUUUGAGUUUGUUUCCAUGUGGCGUGAUGAAAGGAGAACUUGAUGAAGUGGCAACUACGAUUCAAUUUAAACCUGAUUUUGAAAACAGAUUCCUUCUAACUGUGGGUUGGUCCUCCGGUCGAAUUCAACAUGUGCCUUUCUAUUUUCUUCCUCAACAACUUGAGACCUAAAUUCAACCAUAAUUUUCCCAUAUUUUUAUCGGCAAACCUUUCGUGAAUCCAUGAUAAUUUACUAGUACAUGCUAUCUCAAAUAAAUAACAAAACAUAAA